CGCUUUGGAUAUGUUUGAUCACGUGAUUCAAAUGGUUGCGAGCAGAAAGUGUUGAUUAUACUCUUUGUAUGAGAUAUCUUGGUGUUGACAGUCAGCAGUGCACAACCAGCAUGUGUGUGCCAGCCUACAGGAGGUAUGUCUAGCCGGAACACAGGAAGAUGGUGAAGCAGGUGGGCCUAUUGUCAGCGGGCUGCCAGCCCUGGAACCACGAUGUGUGUGACUCCAGCCAUGACCGCUUCGCAUACUGCGCUACGCUGGCUAUAUAUGUCUACCAGCUUGACAGACGAUUCAAUGAAUUCAAAAUGGUGUCCAUCAUGUCAGAACACAAGAAGACCAUCACAGCCUUCAGCUGGAAUCCCCGUGACCCAGACAUCUUUGUCAGCACAAGCGCCGACCACAGGCUCAUCGUCUGGAACGUAGCAGAACAGAAAGUAGUAUCUUUACUUUCCAACACCAAAGAGGCACCUUGUUCUGUAGGCUGGUGUCCGUACGAUACAGACGUCAUCUCCUUCAUCGCAUCCCGAGGCCCCAUGUACUCCUGGAACUACAAGUCAAACAGCGCGGUGACGGUGGUCAAGGAGGCUCAGAGCUUCAACUGUGAUGUGUGUCAGCUCAGAUGGCACCCCAAGAGUCUGGGCAAAGUCGUGUUUGGUCAUGUAGAUGGGAGUAUAUCAGUUUGUAUCAUAGGAUCCAAAGGGAAGAAGCAUGUGUUCAGGCCUGAAAACUUGGGGGAUUCAGAAGAUAUGGACCCUGUCACCUCCCUGGAGUGGGACCCCUUGUCAGCAGAGUACCUGCUGAUGGCUAACCUUCACUAUGGGGUGCGGAUGGUGGACACAGCAUCCCUGGUGGUCAUCAUGAUGUUCCAGCUCCCUAGUGCUGCAGCUCAUAUUCAGACUCUGUCCUGGGUCAAUGGGGCACCUGGCAUGUUCCUUACUGGGGAUUCCCAUCAUGGCACAUUACGGAUAUGGAAUGUCUCCAAAAGUACCCCCAUUGAAAAUGUCCGCUUGAAGAAAAGCGGGUUCCAUUCCCUACAAGUAAUCUACAACCAGUCCACUGAAACAAGAGAAACAGUUUUUUCAUCCCGAGAGAAGAUUAUAUCAUCAACCAGUCAGGCCGUGGCUCCGUCCAAGACCACCCAGUCCAACUUUGCCCUCCCCCCAGCCAGACUGGUCUGUACAUUCAGGGAUGGGGGGAUCGGCUUGUACGACCUGGGCAAGCGGAAGUGGAACUUCUUGAAGGAUCAGGGACAUAUGGAGACCAUUUUUGACUGCAAGUUUAAGCCAGAUAAUCCUGAUAUGUUGGCCACCGCAAGUUUUGACGGAACGAUCAAAGUGUGGGACAUCAAUGCAAUGGAAGCUGUGUUCUCGUCAGUAGGUAAUGAGGGUGUGAUAUAUCAUAUAUCAUGGGCCCCCGGAAACCUGGACUGCAUUGCAGCGUGUACUUCCAAAAACGGGGUGUUUAUAUGGGACAUUCAGAAAAGCAAGAUCAUUAAGAGAUUCAAUGAGCAUGGGAAGAGCAGCGUGUACUCUGUCAGCUGGAGCCAGAAGGACUCCAAGAGGAUCAUGUCCUGUGGCGCUGAUGGAUAUUGCAUCGUGCGGCAGGUGGAUGGACAGGUGGUGCAGAAGUACCGGCACCCCGGGGCCGUGUUUGGGGGAGACUGGAGCCCUAACAACAAAGACAUCCUGGCCACGGGGUGUGAGGACAAGAAUGUGAGAGUGUACUACCUGGCCACCAGCAGCGACCAGCCUCUCCGGGUCUUCACAGGCCACACUGCUAAGGUGUUCCACGUCCGAUGGUCGCCGCUCAGAGAGGGCAUCCUAUGCAGUGGAUCUGAUGAUGGUACGAUACGAGUGUGGGACUACACACAGGAGCAGUGUAUCAACGUUCUAACGGGGCACACAAGCCCUAUCCGAGGUCUGCUGUGGAACACGGAGAUACCGUACAUGUUGAUCUCCGGCAGUUGGGACUACUCUAUACGUAUCUGGGACACCCGAGACGGAGCCUGUAUAGACACAGUGUUGGACCACGGAGCUGACGUGUAUGGUCUGACCUGUCAUCCAAAGAGGCCGUUCUUGCUGGCUUCCUGUUCCAGGGAUUCCACAGUGAGGCUCUGGUCCUUGACCUCCCUCAUUCAGCCAAUAGAAUUACACAUUCUAGCAGGGAAGCCAAUCAGCGAUGUUGUUGGUAUUUCAGACUCUGCCAUGUCCCUGGGCACGUCCCCCAUGUUGGCUGGGAAGGAAUCUAAGGACCUGAAGCAGCACAUAGAAAACAUGCCAGGGAAGGCUCUGGCCAAUCAGAUCAAGUUCUUCUCCAAAUUUUUUGCUCAACCGACCGGUACCAACAACCUGUGGGAGUUGGUGUCCGUGGUGAUGGGGGCAGACAGCUCACUGCUGUCUCCGGAGUACAAGACAGGCAUCUUGCAUAGCAAACAUGUCACCAUGUAUAGAGCAUCUGAAGCCCAGGAGCUGGAGAUGGUGAAGAUGUCCCGGCACGGCAGCGGUAUCGGGGCCCCCAGCAAGGAGGAGUCGCUGCGGGAGGCAGCGGCCACCCACAUCAAGCUGGGCAACAUACAGCGCUACUGUGAAGUCAUGGUGGAGGUGGGCGAGUGGCACAAGGCUCUCAUUGUGGCUCCCGGUGUCUCCAUGAAGUACUGGAAAUCUCUGGCAGAAAGAUAUGCACGGUCCCUGAUGAUUGAAGAAAAGGAUGACGCAAUCCCAUUGCUGGUAUCCACAUGUAACAGUGAAGGCCUUGUAGACUACCUGUCUUCUAGAGGUCAGAUGACUGAUGCAUUGCUGACUGCCCAGGCGGCGUGCGAGGGUUCCUACCCACAGUGUGUCGGGACGUCAGCGGCGCAAGGCUCAGCUGUCAAUGGCUGUGACUCCCCCUCUGAGGAGCAGCUCAGUCUGGUCCAGCGUGCUACCACCCAGAUCGCCGAGUGGUACUUUAACAACGGUCUUCCAAUCCUGGCAGCCUGCUGUCAUCUGGCUGUAGACGACUGCCAGAGUGCCAUGUCAAAACUUAUCCAAGGCAACGAACUAGAGCUUGCAGUCGGGGUAGGCACAGUCCUCCGUUCAACACCACAGCACCUCUCCAUAGCAACAGAGCUGCUCUCACGUCGAUGUGAGGCGCUCGGAAAAUGGGAACUUGCUGUGGAACUGUUGAAGACACUUCCAGACAGUGACCUGCUGUUGGCCAAGCUGUGUGCUCGCUGUGCAGCCAGCAUGGAUGAGAUCAACUUCCUCCACAAAGCUGCUGGCUUCCCCUCGAUGGACGGCUGCCUAGGGGAGGCCGAGAAGUUGAGAACCAAGGUGGACAUCUUCAACUGUAUCAAGUACUUUCUCAUGUCCACCACACCAGAAGUUGGACUAGAUGUCGGCCUGGGCCAUGUCAGAAGUUGUAUGGGGAAGCCAGACUGGACAGCCGGUGACCUGUUUGACCUCCUGCAACUGCUGGGAUGUAUGAAGACUGACAAGCUGCAGCAGCAGAAGUGUGAAAAAAAGCGACUUGAACUACUGGUGUACAGUGCUUACAUUGGUGGGCUGGUGGCCAUGAGGAGGGAGUACAGCCCUAUUGUACCAGCUCUCUUCUCCCAUGCUAUCGAUCUGAUGUCGAAGGAAAGGUUGGACCUCCCCUUUACAGAGGCUGACUUGACCUCCACACUGCAGAUAUGGAGAGAUGCUGGGUGUGUCACUGGACAUACUGACCACAGAAAUGAGAGAUCUGAUGAUGCGUACAAGAUGUUGAUGAGACGUGUUGGUACUGAGACGUACGUGAUAGAUCCCGGCCCUGACUGUGUUGCAAGUUCUCAACUCCCGUCUCACUCUGAUGUGCAUGUCUCGUGUCUCACCAGUCAAAGGGUGCAGGGUCUUGCUUUCUUCCUGGAAGACGGGCAGUCAGCACUGUCUGUGAAUGAGGCUCUCAUGUGGGCCAAGGUUAACCCCUUCUCCCCUCUUGGAUCGGGGAUGAGGAUUAACCCUUUCUGAGGGCAUCACCCAGUCAAGAUGUAGUUUGUGUUGAUAGUUAUUUUCAUACAGAACAAAUAUUCUGAACAAUAGUAUGACGUUUUAACUUGCUUUGAAUAUGCAUAUUUGAGAUCUACACAUAUAUGCCAAAUUAUUGUUAACGUGUUAAUGCAUAAUGUGAUUCUGUACAUAUGUUUUUGCUUAUGCAUGUGUUGCUUUUGACUGCCAAUAUGGAACAUCACUUGAAAAAUGAUAAAAUGAAAAUAAACUCAACUUGACUAAGAAAAGUUCUGCCAGAUACUUCGGAGAUAAACAUUAUGUGUUAUAGAGCACUUGGGGCAUUGAAAUUUGAAUUGGAACCAAAAGGGUUAAUCUGUAAUGCUAUGACACCAUCUUGCAAUGGAUGACGCCAUGUGCUUUUAUGAUGACUGUAUCCACCUGGUGAGCAGAAUGUGAAAAAAAAUCAAUUUUUUUUAAAUGAAUAUUUAAUUAUGUGGUAUGCAAUUCGCCGAGCCAAAGGGUAUGUAUUUUAUACAUUUGACGUUCCUUUGUACAGUGCCAUGAUUGUGUUUUAGGAAAAUGUGUUAGUCCUAUGAUUUACAUGUCCGUCCUAUGAUUUACAUGUCCGUCCUAUGAUUUACAUGUCCGUCCUAUGAUGUACAUGUCCGUCCAAACAUUUUUGUUUGAAAAUAUUAUCAUGAUGUUGCUAGUUGUUAUGUUUAUUGACAACAGAUCUGAAUGUUUAUUUUCAUCACUACAAAUACAUAAUAAUGGCAUGUUGUCAGUGUCAUCCAUGAUAAACGUUGUCUACAAAAUCUCUUUUUGAGGUGAAUAAUUUGGGCGAUGUGAAUAAGCUGUCAUUUAAUUUUAAUGUAAGUAUGUUGAAAUAUGGUGUGGAGUGUGAUAAAAGAAAUAUAGCACAUGUAUGUGUUUUGAAAACAGAGAUAAUUUCAGUCUGCGACUUAAGCCGCUAGCCUGACACCAGAGUAUUGUAAAAUUCUGUUUGGCUUGUAAGAUUAGCCAAUAAAACGCUGUAUCAUAACAGUAACAUGUACAAACAGGGAUAUUAAAUGCCAAGUUAGGAGGCUCAAACGUUUUUGCACAGACUGCACAUUUUGUCAAGUCUUUAAGUUGCAUUUAGAAGUAAAACACACAAGGUAGAGAAUUUAUGGAUGUCAGCUUCUUUAUGAUGAAAUUUCACCUGAUGAAGGAGUAGGUUUUUAUACUCCGAAACAUAGUGUUCCUCAUAAUAAAGAAGGUGACAUCCAUUAAUUUUCUUCCUUAUGCGUAUUUAGUAUCAAUCUUCGGAACCAAUAUACUGGUGAAGAUCCGGGGUAGAACAGGUCUCACCAACCCAUGCUUGCCGUAAAAGGUGACUAUGCUUGUCGUAAGAGGCGACUAACAGGGUCGGUGGUUAGGCUCGCUGACUUGGUUGAAGCAU